CUACUUCCUCUACUACGCGGUAUUUUCAUGUACUGCGCUGCCUUUGUCCUCAGUCAUUGUUUUAUAGGUUAUCUUGAAGGCAUAGUUAACGGUCAGGUUUUUGAUCCCCGGCCAUGCCACCCAAGAGAGACUCUGGAGCAAGUUCAACACAACCACAAGUGAAGAUGAUUAAGAUCGACAGCUUUUCAGAUACACAAGAGUUCCACUGCGGAUCAGCACAGGAUAAGUAUAGGAUGGCAGAAUCCAGCCAUUCUCCUCUCCACAGCAACGAGCAAGAAACAAUUGACUUUGAUGAAGAAAAUCUUGCAAGUCCAGGCAUCAGAACAGACACAAUCAGCCUCCUCAUGAAAAUAGAGCAACUGCAGGCACAGCUAAAAUAUGAACGCAGAUGUAGGAUUUUGGCAGAGAGAGAACUGAGAGAACUCAAAGAGAUGAACACCCUAAUGAUGCAGAUGAGGCACACAGCACAUGAAUUACGAGUCACUCUGGAUCAUGUUCUUCAUGGGGGGGAGGCACCAGUUGCUCCGCAAAACCUUGAUGAAAGCUCCUCAUUCCUGACGGAGCCCGAGGCACAGAUGAGAACUCUUCAUCACAUACCAGAGGAUGAGCAUAACUUCCUGUAUUUAUCUGAGAGCCUUCGCGUGCCCAAAAAUCUCUAUGAACGCGUUGCCGAAAUUGCAGACUACAAAAAGUACGUGUCAGGACUGCUUAUGAUACUUUUCGACAGGGAUACUUUGGCCACUCACUGUCUGCAGGGUCGGAAGAACACCUUCACAGGAGAGGACUGCCACAAACCUCCACUCCCACCUGAGAUUCUGAAAGGCUUAAUCGAUCAUGUUGCUGACAGGUUUGCUGUUGACAACAGCCAGAUAAAAACUGCCAUCCGCACAAAGUUGAAUAACGAAGACAAGCUACUGAAGAAGAGACUGGGCUUGGGUAAAAAUGAAAACAGAGCUAUUGUGGAUCAGUCCUUUUGUGAAGAUGCCUCGCUUCUUCCUGUGAAUGAUGCAGUGGCAAGUGACUCUCAGUUCUAGCUACGCUGGCCUUCCCUCAUCUGGUGGUCAGCUGUAUUUUACGUCUCAUAGAAAAGUGUGACAGGUUGCAUUUUCCCAACCAAGUGAAGUGUCUUCUGUGUCGAAAUCAACUGCUUAAAGUAUGUUAUUUUGUUCAAAACUGUAUGGAAAUGGUUGCGUACAAAGGUCUAACCUGUUUUCGAUAACACUAUGAUAUCUUGUAUGUAUAAUCAUUGCGGUAAACACAAGUGUUCUUACUAAAAUUGACGUAAUGUGACUAUUUGUGACAAAAUUAUUUGUCUGUGAAGUCUGUUUUUGCCAAGCAUUUGUACUUUCCAUCAAAUUAGUUUGUGUGGAGUGAAGGAGUGAAGAUGUUUGAAAACCCAUGUUGUUAAAAAAAAUCGCUUUAAAGGGGAUAUCGUAUAUCUAGAUAAUCUGGAGUCAGAAAAUUUUGUAAAUGAUAUGUUCUUCAUCAUGAAUAUCUGCUUUUUAUGUCUUUGUUGUCCUUCACUGUAUAAAAUCUAAUUUACCAUUUGGGGUAGAUUUGAAAGCAAAUGUCUGAACUGUAAUGUUUGCUCUCAUAUGAGUUUUGCUUUGUUUUUCCAGCAGCCAACAGAUGUCAGCGCUGAGCCUGGUUUCAUGUUACUCUGCAAGCACUGUAAAGUCCAAAAUCACCAAAAAUAAAUACUGUUGC